UUGUCCCACCUGUCAUUUGGUCCGGGUUGUGAGGUUUUUAGUUCCUAGAGCCGGGACACUUAGCUGGCUUCACCAAGUUAAACCUAAUUCACCUCGGCGUCACUACAGGGACUCUAAAUUAACAGUAAACCAUGGCAGUGAACACCGGCACGUCUUUAGUGCUGUCCAGUCUGCUGUCCGUGCUGGUAUUUGCUGGCAUGCAGAUGUUCAGUAAGCAGCUGGGGUCGACUGAGUGGCUCACCAUCCUGGGAGGUUUCCUGGGCUCAGUCCUCUUCCUCUGCUCCCUCACUGCAUUUAAUAAUCUGGAAAACCUGAUUUUUGGGAAGGGAUUCCAAGCCAAGAUAUUCCCAGAGAUUCUGCUGUGCCUGUGCCUGUCGCUGUUUGCCUCUGGUUUGGUACACCGCGUCUGUGUCACCACAUGCCUGAUAUUCUCCCUCUUCGCCCUGUACUACAUCAACAAAGUAUCUGCCGCUCUGUACCAAGCAGCUGUUCCCGCAGUAACACCAGCCAAAGCUGCCAGCAAGGGCAAAAGGAAGAACUGAUGAAUCCGUUUGAUCCCACUUGCAUCCAGUGAAGCAGUUGCAUAUUUUAUAAUAAUGUCUUACAUCCAUUACCCUUAGUGCACUUCUGCGGGCUUUUUAAAGAUCACUCGGAAAGUGAUGAUCAGUUCAGUGACUACGAGUUUGUAACCAUUAUACGCGCAUAGUUAUUUUUUUACAGUGAUCUCUAAUUGAAUUAAGGCCAUGAAAAAAAGCAGCUAUCUACAUUCCACUGACGACAUUUUCCUCAGCACUGUUUUUACACUGAUUGCAACGAGAUUGAAUCACACCAUCACGUUAUCUGUUCAUUCAUCAGCGCAUCAAGUUGCUUUUUUGUUUAAUUCAUUUUGUAAUUAAACUUUGGAAAAGAC